AUGUUUCAGCGUCUCAAAGGCGCCAUAGAUUCGCGCAUCGCCGAGGAGCAGGCCCGCCAGCGCCAGGCUGCGCAGCAGACUCAGGGCCAGCAUCCUGCUCGCUCGAGCUCGCUCCGCCGCUCCAACUCGAAUGCCUUAUCUCCCGCAGGCCGCCGCCCGCGCACUCCCGAUAUAAGCGGCGACAAGCCGCCGGGCAGAGGCCCCGAUCCCGCCGAGUUCGAUCCCGAUGUCGUCGUCGGCGAAGACGAGCUCAGUCGCAGUACCACUCCGCGCCCGCCAAACGACCAGGAUGAUUCCACGCCGCAACAAUCCACUGAGAAUGGCGAUGCAGCCAAGGGGGACAAGGAGGGCGCAGAAACGGCAAGGGAUGCCAAGUCUGCUUCCUCGACUGCCUCGAACGAGCUGCCCACAGAGGUGCGCGUAAGGCUACGUAAGCUGGAAAAGCUGGAGCCCAAAUAUUCCGAACUGCUACGCUCAUACCGCAUUGCCCACGCCCGGGUGACUGCUAUCGAGCCCUUUGAAGCCUCUUUGAGGGAGCAUACUCCUUUAGCCUCGAUCAACGACCCCGGCGCCUUGGUGGAAUACCUGCAACAGCUUCAAUUGAAGGGGGACAUGGUUAUGGAAGAGCUCAAGCGCAUUGCGGGUGAGCGCGAUACUCUGCAGAAGAAGCUGGGCGAGGCAGAGAAACGUGCGACUGAGGCGGAGGACGAGGCGGAGAAGCUACGCGCGGCUAAGGACUCCGCGGCCAAAUCGGCAACAGACGCCGAUCCCGGAUCCACCGAGGAAAAAGACACAAAGCAAUCAAACGGGGACAAGGAUGCGACUGUGGAGUCGGAAGAGUUCUUUUCGUAUGACAGUGAGCUUCCGCGCGUUCAGAAAGAGCUCCAAGAAAGGAACGAACAAGUCGCCAAGCUGGAGGACGAGAACAAAACACUCAAGGAUGACUUGACUUCUGCCAAGGACUCUGCUGAGCAGCUGGUCAAGGAUUUGGAGGCUUCUACGCGGGACUUGCAGGCGAUCAAGGAGUCCAAGAACCGGUCGGAGAAGGAUGCGGCAGAGCAAACUCAAAGCCUCCAGGCGACGGCCGACGAUCUAAAGGAAAAGUUAGAGAAGGCCCAGAAGGAGCUUGAGAACCAAGAAAAGGCCCGAGAUGAACAGGACAACGUGAACAAGGACUUGCAGUCCAAGGUCGACAAGGUCAACACGGAGCUUGAGGAUCUACGCCGCUCCAAGUCCAACGAUUCCGCUUCCGAUGAAAAGACACGCCUUGAGACCCAAGUGCAGCAGCUCAACUCUGAAAUGUCCGAACUCCGUUCCACGCAAUCAAAGGCUGAGCAGCGUGGGGAAACUCUGAACGGACUUGUCCAGACACUCAAGGGCCAGUUGAAGGACGCCGAAAGCGAAAAAGACCGUCUCCACAAAGAAAUGGCAGCUAGCACGGCGAGAGCUCAGCAGGAGCCUGCAAAGCCCGCCGAAGAACCGGAGAAGCCUGCAGCAGUAGAAACGACCACGACUACCGGGGCAGCCAAGAAGAAGAACAACAAGAAGAAAAAGAAGGGUGGUAAGGGUGGGACGACCGGCGCCGCUACUAGUGCCACACCAGAGAGGGCCAGCACGCCUGCACCGUCGGAAACAGCUACCUUGGUCCCCGAGAAAGAGAAUGAAGACUGGGAGGCACCCAUGAGGGCACAGUUGGAUGAACUCAGGAGUACCUUGGAGCAAAGAGAUGCCACCAUUGACCGUCUCGCCAGCAAGCUGAAGGAUCAGGAGGCUCUACAGGAAGAGCUUGACGAUUUGAGACAUGAGCUUGUGGAAGUUGGUGGAGAUCAUGUGGAGGCAAAGGACAAGAUCAAGGAACUCACGGCAGAGAAGUCGGCCUUGCAGGGAAGCAUUGACAGGUUAGAGAAGGAGAUUUCCGAGCUACGCACGAAACAAGCCUCGAGCGCCGAAUCAGCAAAGGAAAGGGAGAGCCUGGCGACCGAUUUCGAGGAACUCAAGGCCAAGGCGAACUCACUGGAGACGGACCUAGAGGCAGCCAACCAGUUGGCUGCUCAGCGGUUCAAGGACCUCACGGAACUAAGGGAGGUGCUUCAGAAAGCGCAGCCAGAGCUCACUUCUCUGCGUAAGGAGGUGGCUGAGCUGAAAACUUUCAAGGAUGAAGCAGCGAGCAAAGCCGCUGAAGUACGCAAGCUUGAGGCCAAGGAACGGGAUCUACGAUCUGAGAUUGCCACCUUCAAGUCGCAAGUCUCUGCGAAGGAUGUCGAAAUCAGGUCGAUCAACGACAAGCUGAAGCAAGAGAUCAGUAAGAACAUUGCGCUAGACCAAACAUGCAGCAAGGCCCAGCGAGACCUCGAAAGGUCCGAGGGCGAGCGUUCUGAAGCAGUCGAAGCUCGUGAUCGACUACAGAAGGACCUUGAGAAGACUCGAGAGGAACUGAAAAUGGCUCGGGGAAACAUCAGGAGCUUGGAGCAGCAGGUCGAGAAGCUCAACCGGGAUGCAUCGACGCUUAGAGACGAAAUCGAGCUGAAGAGCGCACAGUAUGCCAGCGCACAAAGCCUGAUGAACAGCAUGCAGGACCAGACUCAAGAGAUGGGCACGCAGAUGAAGGAGGUGCGCGAAAAAUGUGAAAGCCUCGAGGAGGAGCUUGCAGAUGCGCACAGACUCCUGAGCGAACGCAGCCGUGAGGGUGAGACAAUGAGAAGGCUCCUUGCAGAUGUGGAGAGUCGAGCCGAGGCACGCGUGAAGGAGAUGCGGGAACGCAUGGACCUUGCAAUCGAGGAACGAGACCGUGCGGAGGACCAAGCAAGCACUAUCGGACGUCGUCGAGCAAGAGAGUUGGAGGACCUGAAGCAAAAGGUCAGGGAUGCUGAGCGGACUUUGAGCCAAGUUCAAGAUGAAAAGGAGCAGCAGUCGACGGCCGAGAAGGAGCUGCGUAGACAGAAGGAGGAUCUGGAUCGAAAAGCAGCCCAAGCUACGGAGGAGGUUGCGGAGGUCAGGGCAGCGAUGAACCAACUCCGUGACGCGCUGGAUGAAGGCGAGAAGCAGACGCGCGAACUCGAGAGGGAGAAGGGCGAGCUGCGGCGCUCUCUGGAGGAGGCUCAGUCCAAACUGGAGAAGCUGCAGAAGUCAAGCAAGUCGUUGGCAGACGAGCUUCGGGCGGUGCAGUCCAAGACAAAGUCUCCUACACAGUCCGGGAUGCAGUCAUCGCGGUCGUCUAUGGAGUCGGCACGCGGGCGAGUGGCCUCACCUCCACUGUCCAAGGGCAGAUCGCCAUCGAUUGCAACCGAAGUCGGGCAGGCGUCGGGCAGCAUGGACCUCGUGUACCUGAAGAACGUGCUGCUUCAGUUUCUGGAGCAGAGGGACAAGAAGCACCAGAUGCAGCUCGUGCCGGUGCUGGGGAUGCUGCUGCACUUCGACAAGAAGGACGAGCAGAAGUGGAUGUCUGCGAUCACGACGCGAUGA